ACUCAUCAUAAAUAGAUAGUGAAUGUUAAGGUUAUUACAUUGUAUAUUGUCAUGAUACUUAAUAUUGAUAUUAUGAUUUGACUAUUUGGUACAAAGUGGAAUGAACUCGUAAAAUUAUGAUUGAGGGGACACUAAAAUCAGUAGUUCAAUAUAUGUGUGAGUGAUAGUGUGCAUUUUUAUAGGGCUCUAACCGAAAUCAGAGCAUGCAGGUGGCACUGCACUGAUACGUUGUUCAGGAAUGAAGUACAGAUGCAAUGUUGUGAACAUUGACGGAGAAGCAUAGGAAGAAAAAACGCUGAUGCAAAAUGGCAAAUUUGCAUAGAGCUCCCAUGUUCUUUGUAGUCUACGUUUUAUGUUUGAUGUUCGCCGCCGGAAGCUCGCAGGAAAACUGCCGCGUCAGACCAUCAGACAAAGAUGAUGUCCAGUUCCUGCGAGAUUAUUCGGUGAUGAAAAUUUUUGAAAUUAGUAUAUACAAAGAGACAACAGAUCCUCUUCAAACGGAUAUAUCGCGAACUUAUAAACCAUGGAAAUGGUAUCGAACUACUUCUGAACAUGGUAAAACACUGCUAACUCUUUCAUUUAACUUUGAUGUAUUGUCCCUAUCGAUUCUGACAAUAGGAGUUGAAAGAGUGAAAAUUCACUUAAAAGACAUACCAGAAGGAUGCUUCGGAAAUUUGACAGCGGAGGAAAGAGUUGACCUUUUACGAGAUAAAGUGUUUGAUAAGUUUAAAAGAAAUAGACAUAAGAAGACUGGUCCCGUUAAUGAAGAGGAUUUACAAUCGGAAGUAGAGCAGGAACCAGAAAUCAUAUACGUUUGUAACAAUAUUGUGAGAGAUGAAAACGGAUAUGGUGAAUUUGCUAACCGAUGUUGUGCCAGAGAUUCCGACGGAAACGUCACCUGCUCCGAACAUGAAGAUAAUUUCUGGAUAACAGUUCUAUACAUCUGUAUUUUCCUUGUCAAACUCAUGUUGUUUAUGUUUGCGCCUUUAGUGGUACCAGCCAAUAUGUAUACAGCCUCUUACGUGGCAUCUGAAUAUGUUGUCAAGUUGACAAAAGAUUUAAAAAUGAAAGUGUUUGUAAGUGAGAGUAAAACAACCUCAGUGCGUUAUAAGAAUCGGCUUUCUGCUGAAGAUUUCGCAGAUUGGUAUAGAUUUAAGGAAAGUAUUGCUGAGUUACCACUCGACACAAUAUGUGAUGUUAAAGUACCGGAAUUGAGAAUCAAGGUGAAAGGAAAACGAAUAAUUCCAGCAAAUGAGCCACCAACGGGCCUACUUAGGACAGCAUAUGACAAUCUAAUACGAUGCAAAAUUAGGGGUUUACAACCAUUUAAGGAUUGCUGUAGUGCGAGCAUAUAUGCAAAACUGCAACCAUUGAUAAGGCAUGAAUGUACUUGGGAGGACCUAGUCCUUAUUUUCAUAAAAGUUGUAGUGCUUUUCCUUGUACCAUUGCCUUUCUACCUUAGAACAUUUAUUUACUACCGGUUUGAAGAGGAAGAACUUAGUCAACGUAAAGACCUUAUACAUGAGCUUGGCUUUAAGCAAAGAUAUAACCCUUUUAGAAUGAAUAUUGUCCAAUACCUCACUCCAACACAUCCACUGUUUAUCUCCGCAUACUCGAUGUACGUCAUUUCCGGAGUAGUUAUUGGAUUUUCCGAGGAUUACAUCAAAGACAAACUUAAAUCUAUUGUUCGUUCAGCAUUUCAUGACAUGUCCAAUGUUUCCCGUACUAAUGUUCUUCAAAUUGUACUUGGAUUUCUGCUCUGGCCUUUCAGAAAGAUCGGUCUUCUAGCUUUAAUAACAUGCCCAAUAAUCAGCGCAAUUACUGCGCCAUUGUGGUGCUCUGUUUUUGUACUCUACUCGGUGCCAACAAUUUAUCUUGCGUAUAGACUCAUUUAUCACUCCAAAAAGAAACUUGGUAGUGAUAGCAGUUUCUUUGAGUCCGACAAACCAUUUGGAAAAGCUAAACAGAAAGUAUACAAAGUACAUAAAAAGUUAGCUAAAAUUGACAAAAAUGUUCAUAUAAAGAGGGCAGCGUUUCCUGAUGAGGAAAAACAUAGUCCAUGCAUUACAGGGUACGGCAGGGUGUCUGCUUUAAGGAGAUUACUUGUGCAAAUUAUUGUCAGCAUAUUCUGUCUCGUUGUUCUAACAGCGUCAGUGUUAUUGUUUGUGGAAGCAUGUGGUGUUAUUGUAGAAGUGUUAGUAUUUACCAUGAUGGGUAUAAUAGUGAAUGCAGGAGCAACGUUACGUUACGUUAGUAUGGUCCUUCUUGUCAUCGUCUAUAUGCACAGCUGCUAUGACAAUGUGUAUGAUAACUAUUUACAAUUUAAUGCGACGAUAAUCGACGAUGUGAUGGAUAGGGUAGAAGACCUGAAGAAAAUUGCUAGUUUGCCUUCCAGUAUGCAAGAAAAUGCGGCAUUUCAGGUGAAACCUGUUGAAGCAGUCGAUGAGAUUCCAACCAGUUUAAACCUAGAGAAGAAGGAGGCUCAAUGGCGCAUUGGGCAUUUACUCUUGUUCUUUGACUCGUUUGAUACACCGAGAAUUCCAUUAAAUUUAUUCAAAAGACUUUGCGAAGUAAGAGUUCAUGGGGCACCCGGACCGGUUUAUAUUAACCUAUUGAAAGCUACCGGAAAGUUUUCAAUAAUUGUAGUUUUCCUCUUUUUUGUCAUGAUUGUUGUUAUGGCCUUUGGUAGUGCUGGACAGAUGUCGUCAACUAAUCAAACACUGGCAACUCUGGCCGGCGGAUUUGUUCCUAUGUUGCUUAAAAACGUUUUAUCUUCUAAAGGUGUAAAACUUAAUCUAAAGACCCUUAGUUUUAAAGGGCAGAUAGAUGAAAUUGUGUCAGAGUAUAAACAAAACUGGCCGAUAUACGACCUUAUUUUAAAACAAUAUGAUCCAAAAGCUGAAGAAGAGGAGGAAAAGGAAAAAGAAGAAAGUAAAGAUAAAGACGAAAAGGGUAAGACUGAAAAUAAUGAAAAGACAGCAGAUGAUGAAAAGGAAAACGAAAAGCAGAAUAAAGAAGAGCCAGAGAAGAAUCUGGACACGCCUGCCAUGUCAAGAUCUGGAUCAACACUAGCGCUUAAUGCGGCAAAUGGAGGCGGUAUGUUAAAACCACCUGAUCCGUUUCAUGAUAGUACGGAAGAUCUACGUCCAAUCGGAGCAACUAAGAAAGGACCGGAAUGGUUCCGACGUUUAUCUGUUUGCCCUCAAGAAGACAAUCUUGUUGAUUUAUUCAUUGACAUGAGUGAAGUAGAAGAAAACUCGCCUUGGCACUGGAUGUAUGGUUCCAGUGAAUCAUUAGGCGAGUCAAUAACGAUGAUGAAUGAAUUGGGAGAUACAGAUGAAGAUAAACGUAUGCCAUAUAAUCAGAAGCUAAAUAACCAUAUAAACAAUAAUGUUGAGGCUGUCUGAAAAAAGAGUUAUAACAUAAAUGAGAUUUCUGUGUAAAUAUGAUUCAUAGAAGAAUCUUGCAAACAAUAUUAGCUUUUCGUAUUAAGAAUAUACACAUGUAAGUUAAUCAAGUAUUAACACUUUUGAUUGCUUCAUAUUUUAUAAGCCUUGUUGCUAAAAAAAUCUCAUAAUAUAUCAUAAAGAAAUUAUGACUUUUUAACAAAUUUACGAGUUCAUGCUUUAAUGCGUUAAAUAUGUUUUGCUCGUUUCUUUUCUUUCUGUUUUAAAUAAAACCUAUAGAAUGUAUUUAUUAUUUCGUUUGUAUAAAUUGCAUCCUAUAAGGUCAUUAGCAAAUGGACAUGGAUAGACCCAUAUUGAAUUAAAGGAGUUAUGAUUGGUCAAUCAAGUUUUGUAAAUUAUCAAUCCCUUUACUAAUUUUGGACUAUGUAAAUAACACGAGUGCAUUCUUGUAUCUAUUAGCCCGGUCAAGUUACUUUGAAUACACUGACCAGUGUCGUUAGAAGCGCCGAUACUGAUAUGACCAGUGUGAUUUCAAACAGUUGUUAUCAGUGGUUGUGUCUUCACAAUGAACGUGUCAAGUAUGUCGUGAUUAGAUUAGACCUCAUUUAUAACGUUUAGACACUUGAGUGGUUACUUAGUGACAAUUGUUAACUUAACUUAGAUAUAUGAUCCAAAAAUCAUUUGCAAUAUUUAAUGUUUGUACAAGAUGACGGGUUUGUGUGACAGACGAUGAAAUGAUGUCGCAAAUAGUUUUAACAGACAUUAUGCCUAUUUGUAGAUACCUGCUGGGUUUAUAAAUUGGCGGGGUAGAAUAAAAGAUACGUAUGUAGAUAACGAUGAAUGACUUUUGAAUAAGUGGCCUAUUUCAAUGAGAAUACGUUACUUAUGUGUCAACGGGAUGCUUCAAAAACAUAUUUUUCAAAUGUUAUCUCUAUCUUAUCGUGGUCCUGACAUAAAUUAAAAUAAUGUUGAAGUUAAGUGAAUGAAUGUUAUAAAACCCACGCAUUUUAAUGAGAUUUUUAUUCUAAAUUUUCGUUUUAAAAAAUCGAAGUUCUAAAUUUUGAAAUGUGCCUUAUGUUUGCUAAGGAUGGGACUGUUGAAGUGUAUCUCU